GGCGUGAAGAGAUGAGACGAAGCGAGUGGACAGAGGAGGAGGAGGAAGAUGUACGACAUGAAGAUGGCAGCAGGUGGCGGUUCUACCAUCGGGUUGCCUUCUUCAUCACUUGUUGGUGGAUCCCCAAAGUUUAUGUUCCGUCCGUCCUCAAGUUUUCAAUCUCACUUGGCUUCUCCCUCCUGUGAACGAAAACUCAACAGUUACAGUUACAGUUACAGCUACAGCUACAGCUACUGGGUUUGCAGGACGAAGAGAGGAAGAGGGAUGGUGAGGGGGUUGCCGUUCCCUGUAGAUCCAUGGGCGCCCUCCAUUGACUCACAGAGCAUUGCUUCCCAGCUGUUCGCAUUCUCCCUCUUCCCAUAUAUAGCCUUUCUCUACUUCAUUACCAAGUCCAAGACUUCCCCUAACCUCACCCUCUUCGGCUUCUACUUCUUGCUCGCCUUCGUCGGAGCCACUAUACCAGCUGGGAUUUACGCAAAGGUGCAGUAUGGGACUUCACUCUCCAACGUGGAUUGGUUGCAUGGCGGGGCUGAGUCGCUUCUCACUCUAACUAACUUGUUCAUUGUCUUGGGACUCCGACAGGCUCUCAGGAGCGCAUCCAAAUCCAAUUCUCAACAAAACACGCCAGAUUUCAAAGAUAACAAAAGUCGCUUCGAGGACCUUUGAUAUGCUUCAACCCUCUUGGCAUUAAAGAAAUAUGCCAAUUUGUACCAUUCUGCAUAUAUUGAUAUAAAUCUUCAACUUUCCCAAGCUCUCUUCGACUUUCCAUAUUUUUAUAUUUAAAAAAUAGAUAAAUUGAGAUGAUGUAAUCAUGUAACUUAAUUUGCCCUAUUUAA